UCCGCGCACGAGAGCAGCAGCAGAUGAAGCCGGCCGCGCGCUCCCGUGGUGGAUCAGACACACGCCGGCAUCCAGCAGCGGAGGAACGACUGAUCUCAGAGAAUCACCGGAGAGAGAAAAAGACCGAGAGAAAAGACGAAAGAUGAGGGAAAUAGUUCACAUCCAGGCCGGACAGUGCGGGAACCAGAUCGGGACCAAGUUCUGGGAAGUGAUCAGCGACGAGCACGGCAUCGACCCUGCAGGAAACUAUGUGGGUGACUCAGCUCUUCAGCUGGACAGGGUCAACGUCUACUACAAUGAGGCAUCCUCACAUAAAUAUGUCCCCCGGUCAGUGCUGGUCGACUUGGAGCCAGGAACCAUGGACAGUGUUCGUUCAGGAGCCUUCGGACAACUCUUCAGACCAGACAACUUCAUCUUUGGUCAGACAGGUGCGGGGAACAACUGGGCUAAAGGUCACUACACGGAGGGGGCGGAGCUCGUAGACUCAGUCCUGGACAUAGUGAGGAAGGAGUGCGAGCACUGUGAUUGUCUCCAGGGUUUCCAGCUGACUCACUCUCUGGGAGGGGGCACCGGCUCGGGUAUGGGCACCCUGCUGAUCAGUAAGAUCCGAGAGGAGUACCCUGACCGGAUCAUGAACACCUUCAGUGUCAUGCCCUCACCUAAGGUGUCGGACACCGUGGUGGAACCCUACAAUGCCACCUUGUCAGUCCACCAGCUGGUUGAAAACACAGAUGAGACCUACUGCAUUGACAACGAAGCUCUUUACGACAUCUGCUUCCGCACUCUCAAACUCACCACACCCACCUACGGCGACCUCAACCACCUGGUUUCGGCCACCAUGAGCGGCGUGACGACCUCUCUGCGGUUCCCCGGACAGCUCAACGCAGAUCUCCGCAAGCUGGCUGUCAACAUGGUGCCUUUCCCCAGACUCCACUUCUUCAUGCCAGGGUUUGCUCCUCUGACGGCGAGAGGCAGCCAGCAGUACCGAGCACUCACCGUUCCCGAGCUCACCCAGCAGAUGUUCGAUGCCAGAAACAUGAUGGCGGCCUGCGACCCUCGACAUGGACGCUACCUGACCGUUGCCACUGUUUUCCGCGGGCCCAUGUCCAUGAAGGAGGUGGAUGAGCAGAUGCUGAACGUCCAGAACAAGAACAGCAGCUACUUCGUGGAGUGGAUCCCCAACAACGUCAAGGUGGCCGUCUGUGAUAUCGCUCCCCGGGGGCUCAAGAUGGCAGCCACUUUCAUCGGCAACAGCACGGCCAUCCAGGAGUUGUUCAAGCGCAUCUCAGAGCAGUUCUCCGCCAUGUUCCGCCGAAAGGCCUUCCUGCACUGGUUCACAGGCGAGGGCAUGGACGAGAUGGAGUUCACGGAGGCGGAGAGCAACAUGAACGACCUGGUGUCCGAGUACCAGCAGUACCAGGAAGCCACUGCCAACGACGGCGAGGAGAACUUUGAGGACGAGGAGGACGAGAUCAACGAGUAAGGAGACCGAACACGACUGGUAAAGCUCUGAGGGAACGCUGGUAGAGCAAUCAUGUGACAUCAGAAUAAUAAUGCUCAAAUCUAGUAGUUCUGAAACAGUAGUAGUAGUUCUUUUAAUGACGUCAUCUCGUUGUGUCCUCUUCUUCUGCAAUGGUUUAAUGGCACCAACUGAAGAAGCGCCACCUACUGUUUAUCUCUUAAUAUUCACACAACAGCAGUGGAUGGAAACAAACAUUAAAUUUAAUUUUCUUUUGGCGAUUUUCUGGAAAUUUGGUUAAAACUUAAUGUAAACUUGGCUAAUAAGACAAUUCGCCAGUUAAUAAACUAGUCAGUUUGAAUAUUGAUAGUUGAUUUUUACUUGAUUUUUAUGAAUGUAAAAAAAUUUGCAACAACUGCAAAAAUCCAAAGAUUACAAUGGAUAUUUUCUGGGUUGUUUUGGGGUGCUAGAACAACUUAUAUAAGAGAAUGGAGUCAUUAUUUUCAGCAUUUAAAAUCUAGACAGCUAAUGGAAUGAUUGAAAAAAUAAUCAACAAAUAUAUUAAAGUAAAAAUAAUUGUUAGUUGUUUUUUAAUUUCAAAACACCACUGACAAAUUCUUAAAAAUAUUUUCUCCCACGAUGAGCUCUUGUUUCUACAAUGUUUCUGAAAUGUGGGAAUAUAAUAUUGAAAAUAAUUUUUCUCAGUGUCCUUCCAACAGUCAACAGUGGUUUCUUCUGACAAUGACCUAAAUGUAACCAAACUAACCAUAAAGCUGUCAGAUCAGAAAAUACAAUGAGCCAUUUUGUCAUUUAGGUUCGAGGAUCUGUUGAUCGUUAGGAAUACAAAAAAAAUGUUUGGUAACAGUUAAAAAUGUAAAAUGAAUAUCUAACAAUUCAAUUUAAAGUAGUGAAUGAAGUAGGUGCACUGACAGGAUGCUAACACUUUAAAGUGGAAACAUGAAGGCAUCUUUGACAUUACCUUUGUCUUUUCUACACAGACACAUGCUACUCGUUUUUUAUUUGACCACUUACUUACAAAAUCCUGAUUAACUGUUUUUGUACUGUACUGUGUUUGCGUGUGUUUGUUUUCAAACUGUGAUUUUUGUACAUUGUGAGCACGUCUGGAGUGGCUGAAAUUAAAGCAUUCAGUGCCUUAAAGUGUUA